AUGGGAAACUCCGUUCGCGCCCAUGAAAUCGAGACCGUCCUCAAACUGUGUGCUGAAAAACGGCAAAGAAACUACGAGGUUAUUACUGGACUAGCCAUUCUUUUCGAACAGGACGACACAGGUGCAGCUGAAGAAUAUGUUCAUUUUAAAUCUCUAUUAAAGACAUUCGGAGUAAAUGACAUUGAGCAAUGCGUCAUCCUUGCAGGAACUCGCUCCCCAGGACAUGUCGUCGCCAGGAAUCUUCAUAUGUACAUCUCCGCUGGCAUUGACCGUUGUUCUAAAGGAAACUCCAGGCGAUACCUCGCAAUCGUCCACUACGCGGGGCAUGGGUUUUAUGAUCCAGCGGAUGACAAUCUUUACUUCACAUCCGGGCAUAAGGAGCCAUAUCACUUUUCCUCUGACACUCUUACAAACUGCAUCGCCAAGUUUUACGAAGGAACAUGGCCUCCGUUUGAUGUCGUUUUGUCAAAUAUAACCAGUCUCUCUGCCACCAAUCAGCGCGGGCUCGCCUUUUUGGCCGAAUGGCAGAUUCUGACACGAGGAGUGUCAUUACGAGGUUCGCUAAAGCAAGGAGAAACGGUGGAGCUGCUAGCUGGUGUGGACGACGAAACUACUGCAUUUUCAAGAACUACAGUAGGCCGUCGACGAACCUUUACAUCGAAACUGGCGGAUCAAGUGGCAUUAGCGUCUGCAAGGAUGCUAUCUAUUGAUUUCAUUGAGCUGCUUCAGCGAACUUAUGAUGCUUCAGUGGCCAAGAAACCAGUCCAUAAGUUCUUAGCUGGCAAUAUCCCAAUCAGGUUGCCGUUUGCCUCAGGUAAAAAGGCGUCUCUUCCUCAAUCACCAACCAUUCAACUAUCUAUGAUAACUGGAGAAUAUACCGUCGUGAUCGCAUGCCACAUUGUCGAUGAUCCGAGUUCGACAGCCGUAAAGCGGCUAGUUAAAUCGAUUGAGGAUAUUCACAGCUUAAUAGGGGUCACCGUCGACCAAGUAUACCGUUGCCGAUCUAGCGGCCUUGUUCUUCGAGUGCCCCAUAGUAUUCUCCUAUCACUAGAAACCCUACCCGGAAUUAAGGUGAUGUUUGAAUAUGUGGAGAGCUCUGAAUCCGAAUCACCAGCAUCCCCUUCCAGCCUUCCAAAGCACCCGUUCUUGCCACCAGCAUCUCCUUCGCUCAGAAAUCAAGAGAACAUGCCACCAGGAGGGUUGUCUCAACUAAGCCCUGCAAACAAGGAAGAGUUUUGA